AUGAAGCUGGACAAGCCAGUGCCCAUCAAUCAUUGCAUAGGGGUAGCGUGCCUGCCAAGAGAUCUGGAUACGCCUGGCGCCAACUGCAACAUCACAGGUUGGGGCACCUUGAACUCCUCCGGGCCGACACCGGAUUUGUUACAGGAAGCACCGGUGUCCUUGUUGAGUAACGAGGAGAAAGUCAAAGGCAUGCGAGGGAAGCGCUUCGUGCUUCGCGGGGUGACAUCUUGGGGUCAGGGCUGCGCCUAUGAGGGCUUUCCAGGAGUGCUGCAAAGGGGAGUCUAUGGCCGGGUGGUCACUGUGCUUUCGUGGAUCAACGAUGCCAUGCAGGGGAAGAUUCGGAAAGCCCACGCGGACGACUACUCCAACGUCGACUUCCGCGGCGCCAUGUGGUCGGUGCUCCGCGGGCCCUGCAGCGUCGAUGCCGCACACUGUCUCCUGAGUCCGAACUAUCCGAACUCCUACGGCGAUAACCAGCAGUGUAAGGUGCGAUAA